UCAGUCAGUCAGUCAGCUCGGAGUCUCUUCCUCAGUCUGGAUACUCUGCUCUACAUAAAGAUGAAGAUGAAGACUUAAUGAUGAAGACUUAAUGAUGAAGGAUAUAAAGCUCCAGAAGACAGUGCAGGUUAAUCUGAUGCUGGGAUGUGAAGUCUUUGUAAGCUGUAGCAGAUCCUGCGGAAAUGUAAGAGACAUAUAAAGAAGUCGGUUACUGAUGACUCACAAUGUCCCAAACAUGGACCAUCUUCUCUGCUGUCUCUGUGCUGCUGGCUGUGCAGCUCUGCAUAGGUGAGAAAUCCUGCACCAUCUGGUCCAGCGCUGGUCAUGUGGUGCAGCGAGGCUCCAGUUUCAAGGUGUACUGCACCUUUAACUGCAAGUGCAAAGGAUCCAUGAGCAGCGACCAUCCGCCCACACUACAGAGCCACAAAGAGUUCAAUUUAACAACUAUAUAUUUUAAAGUGGCAAACAUAACCAAGAACAGGACAUACAGCUGUCAGUGUAAGUGUCCUCCACCUCUGGACCCCUGUGGACUGGACAUCUCAGCUGGAUAUCUACCGGAGCGCCCUAAAAACAUUUCAUGCAUCUACAAGGUCAAAGGUAAUGAAACGGGAUUUGUUUUCUGCACUUGGAACCGAGGACGAGAUACUUUUCUGAGGAAUAAUUCAAUGCUGUGGGUUAGAACUGUAUCCGGAAACCACACAGAUGAAACAGUGGCGCACAAAGUCUCCAGUAAGGGAAGUGAUGUACCAUCAGCUGGUUUCAACGUGUCCCACUCCGUCCGGCUGAUCUCUGUGUGGGUCCAAACCCGAAACCCUCUGGGCUCUGCAGUGUCCGUCACCAUCAACUACACGCUCAGUGACAUCGCGAUGCCAUCGACUCCUGUUCUUGGCCAACCGGAGUGCUCUUCCCGACAGUGCAUCAUCACGGUGGAGCAGCCUGUGUGGACUCAACACCUGGAGGUCCAGUACAGAGCAGAAACGCACAUAUGGACAUCUUCUCCAGACUCGAUGAGUUCGGUUCAGAAUCGGUCCAUCUCCUCUCUGGAGCCCUACACGUUGUACCACUUCAGAGCCAGAUCCAAAUUCAACACCGGCCUGUGGAGUCAAUGGAGCGCAAACAUUUCCAGCUGGACUCAAGAGGAAGCUCCUGCUAAAGAGUUGGACGUGUGGUUCGCUGAACCCGCCUCUGACUUCAAAUCCCUGAGAGUUUAUUGGAAGGAGCCGAACGUUUCCACGGCUAGAGGGAAAAUCAUAGAGUAUAAAGUCAGAGUUGACAGCCGAAACUCUGGAUCGCUGUUCGUCACAAACAUUAGUGCCGAUGCCAGGAAUUAUUCAGUCCCGUUCUGUGCCGACUGUGAAGUGACGGUGUGGACUUGCAACUCCAAAGGGCCGUCCCCUCCUGCCAGGAUUACAACCCGUCACACAAAAGUGAAGGUCACACAGCAGUUCGAGCCCCCUCGAGACGUGCAAGUAACUGCAGACAACCACAGUGUCGCCAUCUCCUGGAGAAAGCCUGACGCUGCACCGCUUCAUGCAGUGUACGUGGUGGAGUGGUACCCAGAGGGCCAAAAGCUGGAGGAGCUCAGAUGGCUCAGACUGGGCAGGAAUGACAACCAUGCUGUUGUAACAGGUAUUAAGCCAUUUGAGUGCUACGAGGGAGCAGUACAUGUUUUCUAUAACGGGAGCUCAGUGAGCAGGACCAGAUUUACAGGAGUCACCACUUUGGAAUCAGCCCCGGUAGCCGGUCCAUCGGUCCAAGAGACGGUGGAGGGAAACCAAGUGAAGGUGACCUGGAUAGAGAUUCCCAGGGGUCAGCGUGGGGGUUGUGUCACCAAGUACACCAUCUAUUUAGAGGACGGCAGCGGACACCGGCAGCCUUACUCUAUACCAGCAUCAGAGAGGAUGCGCAUCAUCAAAGACCUGUCUCCAGAAGUCUACAGCCUGUGGAUGACUGCGUCAACUGCUACAGGAGAAGGCCCUGUAGGUCAAAAGGUCAAGUUCUUCAUCCAGGAGGAGACCCAACUAUCCCCCCUACUGGUGUGUGCAGUCGUCGCCCUGAUCGUGAUGUUUCUGGUGUGUCUGUAUCACAGUUCAGCUCUAAAGCAGAGGUUCUGGGUGUAUUUCCAGUGCCUCAUGCUCGAUGUUGUGCCAGAUCCUGCAAACAGCAAGUGGGCAAAAGAGUGCACCCAGGAGAAGGGUAAGAUGAACCUCCAGCUGCAGCUGAGCAACUCCAGUGUAACCGCGGAGGAAGAAGAGCCCAUCCUUGUGGACGUGGAGGAGCUGCCCAAGCAGAGCAGUGACAUCUGCGCACCUACAGACGACUCCUCGCAGCUCCCACCUCAAACCGGCCUGAGCCCCGAGACGGAGCCGGUCACGCUGCUCUACCCUCUGACCACCUACAUCAAGAGCUUCUCCCACGACUCCGACAGCUCCGACCACACGCAGACCUCUCUGGACACCAACACAACCGUCGACUACAUCUCAUCACACGAGCCGGGAGGUAUGGACGAGGAUGAUCAGGAAGAGGAGCAGGAGGAGGAAGAUGAAGAGGAUGAGUUUGUAGAAAUGCUGGGUUUCUUCCCCAGUCACAACAGCUUCAUAGAGCCACUGGAUUUUAGAGGGAAGUUGACUCUGAGUGCGGUCAAAAUUGACUGCAGUGACUUCUUUCAGAACAGUUAGUGUUGACCUGAAACCAGAACUCUUUAGUGAGACGAGGUUUGAGUGAAAACAUUUUUUAGAGGAAGAGGACGGCUAAACGAAAGAGACCGAAUGACUGGAGGUGGUGACUGGAUUCCUCUUUUUUUUGUCUUUUCUUUUUGCAUCUUGCAGAGAUGUGCAUGAACUACCUCCUGGCUCACUGAAACCUCAACUGUAACGUAAUACUCUCUCGCUUAAGUCUUCAAGAGCUGUUGUUCAGUAAUCAUUUUUGACAGUUUUUAUAUCAUGCAUUACCAUUGUUUCCUCUUCAGAGCAGCAAUGGACACACUAACACCAUGACCACAAUGAACACAGCACAGGCUGCCUGCCUGAACUGAAUAAGACAUCCAUAUACUGACAGCAUACUGAUAGGCCUUUUUUUCACAGCAGACAUUUUGACUUGUCAUAGUAGGAAAAGCACAGGUGUUACUAGUCACGCACGGGCCACACAGGACACGUGAGCAGCACGUGUGCAUUGCAAAAUCUCUUGCUUUUUAUUUCAGCGUAUUAACAGGUUAGAGCAGCCACACGUCCCGAGCAGCGCGGCUCAGCUGCGUCUCUUCUAGAGAUUUGAGGUCUCGCCUAUUUAUUCUGCAUGUCACGUGCAGUUCACAGCAAAGAUGGACAGAGAAAGUGAUUUUU